CUAAAUGCAGCUGCUGCGAUAAAUUUUGACGACGAUGACGCUACACGACUAGAGUUGGCCAUGGCUGCCCGCAAGCUCUAUCACAAGCUGGAAACAAAUGCAGAAAAGGUCUUGCGAUUUAUGAACGAGGAACCUGUCGUGUACCCCGCUAUCCAAGUCCUCAUUGAUACGGGGAUAUGGGAUGCUUGGACCGCUAGCGGCGGAGGCGAGAAACACAUUGACGAGUUGAGAGGGAUUGCCAAAGAAGAUAUUGACCCAGAACUUUUACAACAUCUUCUACAAUUACUAGCUUCAGGUAACAUUAUCGAGGAGACCGGAGAGGGUCUUUUCCAGCCGACGGACUUUUCGCUCUCUCUUGGCGAUAAGAACACUCUUCUCGCACCAGCGCUCCGAGUAAGGACUGACCAUGUUAUGCGUCCUUCUCUUCACUUUCCCGAAUUUCUGGCCAAGACUGGCUAUCGCAUGCCAUCGGACGAUACUAAUAGCUGCUAUAUCGAUACUUACCCCGAGAAGAAAGAUUACUUUGGCCGUUGCAAGGAGAAUCCUUCGUAUCAAGAGAGCUUCUCAAGCUUCCUUGCUUUAUGGAGCCAGCACAGGAGACCAUGGCCUCAGUUUUACGAUACUCAGGCACUGCUCGAUAGUUCUGAUCUGAGCAACGGUGGCGCACUGGUUGUGGAUAUUGGCGGGCAUCAUGGCGCAGAUCUUUUCCAUGUGCUUAAGAAACAUCCUGAUGUUCCUGCGGGAUCACUCGUGCUGCAGGAUUUGCCAAAGGUUAUUGCUUCGGCCAAGUUUACUACGGACAAGAUUAGGGCUAUUGGACAUAACUUUUUCGAGCCCCAGCCAGUUAAAGGCAGUCGAGUAUACUACUUUCACGCCGUUCUUCAUGACUGGCCAGACAAGACUGUAGUGGAUAUCCUGAAACAGGUCGCAGCCGCGAUGAAGCCGGGCUACUCAAAGCUGUUGAUCAAUGAUAUAGUUCUCCCGCCUGUGGGAGCUAGCAUCCACCAAACCGGGUUGGAUUGUUUCAUGCUGCAAAUAUCUGGCAAGGAAAGAACAGAGGCGGUGUGGAAUAAAGUGAUUAGUGAAGCCGGUAUGAAGAUUGUUAAUGUUUGGCCAGAUGGACGUGGGUAUGAGAGUUUAGUGGAAGCGGAGCUACUAUAGAUGAGAAUAUUGUGUAUAUUCAGUAACUAAACUACAUAGAGGGUUGACCUUCAUGUAAUGCUGGCGACGUUAAAAAACUUUCAAGAGAGGCGUUCAGACUAACGCUUCUUCUUUACCAACAGCAAGACCAUUGCGACUUCGCCAGUUAGCGUCUCCUCGCCAGGCUUAAUGCCAGCUUCAUGUAGAAGGCUCUCUAUUUGCCUUCUCAGCUGCCUUACUAUGUCUUCCUCUGUCCCGACCUUAUCUGGGUGGGCUUCCCUCCAUCGAGUCACUGGACUAGCAGUACCCAUGAUCUUCUCAAACUGCUCGGGUGUAACUAGACCUCCUGUGCGAACGAUGUCGUUUUCCACACCCGUUUUGUCCUUGUUCCACUCCUUGCGAACGAAGCUCUCUUUAUCGAACUCUACUACCGGAACUUCAAGCGUCCAAGGAAGCGGUAGGUCAAUAUAGAGAUCGCGAAUCAACAAGUUACCUGCCCUUGACCAUGGUCGUAGCCCAUUGUAGAAUUCUUCUACGAGGGCCUUUAUUGCGACCCCGUUCGGCGUCUUUGUAGCAUUUAUCGCCGCUCCAGACCGUGCCCAAAUGGCAACGGUGCCGCCAGGCUUGAGAAUGCGCGAUGCUGCUUUCCAGAAACCCGCCAUGUCGAACCAGUGGGCGGCGGUGGCGGCGGUGACCAGAUCAACGCUACCAUCAGAGACGGGCGGCUCCAAGUCGAUACCGAGGGUUUCGGCAGUCGAUACUUCAAAACGUAUAGGCAGGUUUGCCGACUUGGCAGAAGCGCGUGCGGUGUCAAUCAUGCCCUCCGACGGGUCCAGGCCGAUGGCAUUUUUGAAGAAGGGAGCCAAGUCCUUAAUUGCCUGGCCAGGGCCGCAGCCGACGUCGACAACGGUGUGGAGUUGGCCGCCGGUAGAAGUGUGAUGAUUGAUGAUGAUUUUGAAGAGCUCUGGGGAAUAUCCAGGGCGUACCGCCGAGUAAUUCUGGCCCUGGGCCACGGUAUAUGCACGAAAGAUGUCCUCUGUAGUUGCCAUGAUUACGGCUCAAUAACAGGAUGAAGCUGAAAGUUGAGAAUGUUUGUUAUUUAGAAUCGCUGGAGAUGCGCCAAAAGUUGCAGCCUAAUCGUGCCUUUAUAGCUUGGCGAAACGCGCUUUAGUUGCCGAACCGGAAACCGAAGCUAUACCAGACUUUGAUUGACCCCUCGAAAUUAUUUUUAGCUGCCGAACCGGAAACCGAAG